AUGGCGACCAAUCAAUCUAAUCACGUGAUCGAAAAUUAUAAAUCGGAACUCGUUAAAAAAGAAGAAAUAAUUGAAAAAUUAUUUGAAGAAGUUGACGAAUUAAAAGAAAAUCAACAAGAACGUAAUAAUACCUUUAAAAAAUUGGAAAAACAAUUUAAAUUACUACAGGUUGAUUAUCAUAAAUCAUUAGAUACGUGUAAUAAUAUUACAAAAGAAAAUAAAAAUUAUUGUGACAAGUUAGAUAAAGUCAACUUAUUAUUAGAAAGAUCCGAAACAGAAAAGAACGAGUUAAAAAAACAAUUAUUUGAAAGUCAAGAAAAGAUACACACAUUGGAAAAUUAUUGGAAUAAAAGAGAAAGUGAAUGGCGAAAUCAAUACGACAAAUUAGUUAGCCUUUACAAUGAUCUAGAAACAACAAUUGCGGAUUGGACAGGAGAAACUGACUAA